GACGCACAUCCUUCGCGCUGCUAACGCUAAGCUAACCUAAUGGCAGGCUGUGUGUCGUAGAUCGUUGUGUGACAUCUUACCUGUGGUAAACUAGUCCUGGACCGCGUAGAAGACCGCGCUACAAUCUUCUCGUAUUUGUCUGGGAUGUAUGGAUGGAUAGUUGACGGAAUCUCGUCGCUGUUUGAGCCCGUUACGAGGCAAAACCCCACCGAGUGGCCCGGGAAAGGUAACGUUCGCGAGGAAGUAUCCACGCGACCUGGCGUGGAAGCGGGAGCACAGCGGCAGGAGAACCACGGCAGACCGGCUAAACGGAACUACCAGAGUGUUGAUGUUGCAGAAGGUGUUUGCCAGAGUGACCAGGUCGAGGUGAAAAGACGGAGACGAGAUGUAGUCAUUAGCUUUGUGAAGAAGACUGUCGCCGGGGUAGCAGGUCUGCUCAGGCUGCGGCGCCCGCUGACAACCAAGUCUGAGAAGCCUAGACAUUAUGAAGAGACACAGCCUGUUACUCUGAUGGGGAUAGAUGAGCUCCACACCUCGUGGCUGAACAGUACUGAGUGGAGAAUGAGUAAACCAGUAGGAGGAGUGAAUGAGAGGAGUGGGAAGAAUCCCUUUCAGAGCUCCUCACCUCCUCUAAUGAGGAAAUACAGUGGGGCAGGGCUGUCUGCAGGGCUCCCCGACAGGGGGAAGGACAGAGAGAGGAGAGGCUCCCUCCAGCUGUUGCCCUCCAGACCUGCUCUGAGGGUGGGAACCACUAACCCUGAUCCAACCUGCAAUGGCUUUGGACACAACCGCUGCUACAAGCCCAGUCUUACUGUGGAAGAGGCCAUUAAACAGAACAAUAAGGAGCACUACAGGCGCUUGCUGGAGAUGGUGACCGAGAAAUACAGCAAAAGCCAACCACUACCUUUCAACCAAACGAAACCGCAACAUGAGUCGCUUUCACAGGGCGAUCACAAAACUGCUGCUUCAGGAAAAGCCUUUGAAUCAGUGCCCAGGAAGACGGGAUACACAGCUGCCCCAAGUAUGUUUACAUGGAGGAAUGCACCAGCAACCAAAGACAGGCGGGGUAGCUUGACUUUUAGUAAGACAUUCAGUGGAGCCAUUGAGGACACACAGACUGUCAGAUGUGCAAAGCAGAAACAGGCCGCAGACUUGGACCUUUCUACAGAGGUAGCUACUCGCCUCAAUCUAGUGGACAGAGAGACUCCUGCUGUCAGUCUCCCUGACACACAUCCUGCACACUUACCACACACGAGGCACAGCGAUGAGGACAUACCCAGGCUGACUAAGGAAAUGGCGGCGGAGGUGAGCUGUGCUCUGGCGCAGAGUGAUCCAAACCUGGUUCUCAGUGCCGCUUUCAAACUGCGCAUCACACAGAGAGACCUGGCCACACUGCAGGAAGGCAGCUGGCUCAACGAUGAGGUGAUGAACUUCUACCUGUCCCUGGUCAUGGAGCGCUGCUCUGGCGAAGCAGCAGGAUUUAAAAUCUACUCGUUCAGCACCUUCUUCUUCCCGAAGCUGCGGGGUGGAGGAGGCGGGCAGGCUGGAGGACACGCCUCUGUGAAGCGCUGGACCAAGGCUGUGGACCUUUUCCUCUACGACCUCAUCCUGGUCCCUCUGCACCUGGGCGUCCACUGGGCAAUGGCUGUGAUCGAUUUAAAGUCCAGGACAGUGAGGUCGUAUGACUCGAUGGGCCAGAGACACGAUGACAUCUGUAGUCUGUUACUACUCUACCUGAAAGAGGAGCACAAAGUAAAAAAAGGCAGAGAGCUCGACUGCACCAAAUGGACCGUUGGAAGCCUGAGGGCCACUGAGAUUCCUCAGCAGAAAAACGGCAGUGACUGUGGUGUUUUUGCCUGUAAAUACGCUGACUAUAUCGCAAAAGGAAGGCCUCUCACCUUUAAACAGUGUCACAUGCCUCUCUUCAGGAAACUAAUGAUUUGGGAAAUCCUCAAUCAGAAGCUGCUAUAGAGGGUCGCAACAAUCUCAAUUAACCGCCUAACAACAACAACAACAGUGUUUUUCUUACUGGGAGCAGCAUGUGUGUACAGAAACAUGGUGAAGACACAGAAACGAAUGGGCCAAAGAUAUGGACUCAACUGACUGAAACCUAACCAAGCCUAGCUGUUCUGGUCUGGAGAAUAAAAAAAACAAAACACUAGUCUUAAUUAUGUCCUGUUUCCUGUCGGGGGACGUAUUAACACAUUGUAAUCUCUGAGUUGUAAUUGGAGACAUUACCGGGAUGGAAGAAGUGUGUGUGUUACACAAGCUUUGGCACUACUGACUGAAUGAGUUUUUUUAAUUGACAUUGGAUUGUUGGUUCUGCUGUUUGACAUUCUGCCUGAAGUGCCUUCAGCCCUCUGACGCUGAGCUCAACUGAGAAAAUGCUUUUGUAUAUUUUGAGAAAUGAUGUGGUCACAUACAACUCAAAAGUCAGAAUUUAUAGAAUUAGAUUGUUGGAAUUUGGACGUCCCUCUUCUACUGAUUAUCAGCAGAGCAGACAGCACUACAAUAUGAUUUAGUCAGGAAACUCAAUCUGUGUGAAAUUUAGACAAUGAAAAAUCAAAAUACCUCCUUCCCCCUCUCCUUCAGACAAAAGAUGCAUGGUUGUACGCUUGUAGUAUGUUUGUAUUGCUAUUAUUUAUGACUUGACUGGAUGAGAAAGUGUUUUCAGAUUGUGUGUAUGGUUUGUUUUCCCUCCUUGACUGGAGCAUUAAUAGUUGUUUACCCCAUAUGUAACAUAAGGCGCUGUUAGAUCUGUGAAUCUUUUCCAUGAGCAUACCGCAAGAGGCUACUUAGGGCUAUUACAUUGACUUACAGUAUAGUAUACUGCAUAGCAAACUACUGUACACAUAUGCAUGUUUGAGUUCAUGCUUUAAAAUGUGAUUUGUUUUUUUCUCCCUGUAAUAAAGUAUUUCAUUUUUUAAA